AUGACCUGUGCCGAGUUAGAUAAUCGAUGCAAAAGCGAGAAACAUCGGGUGAAAACAUCAACUGUGAUCCCCGGUGGAGUGUGGUGUUCUCCGUUCACUUUUCACGCGUUAAGGGGGGAAAUUCUACGCAAACACACACGCACGGCUGGUACCCACAUAAGGGGCGAACCAGUUUUUCGCAACGCUUUGCAACAAGACAUACGCGCAUGUUCCUUAAAGUUUCAAGUGGGGAUUUGUUUAAAAGGAAAAUCUCACCACCGUCCCGGCGACAGUUCGUGCGCACUGCUUGCGUCCUCCACUGUUUUCUGCGCUGCGUUAAGGAUGUCCACAGUACGUGGUGUUGUGUUGUUGGUGAUGUGUUUGCUUCUGCUAGAAUCGCGCGCCUCAGAUAUACUGAACGAUGCGCAUGUGUAUCGUGCAUUCGCUUCGUACGAAGUAGUCCCGGAUGUGGUCGAUGAGGCACCCGACUGUUGGGCUCGUGCGUCUUUCAAAAGUGGCCGCCAGGCAGAGGGCGGUAAUCGACUAACGCCGACUCAAAUUCGAAACCCACCCGUCGUCACGUGGAACUCGAACGAACGCGCCCUCUACACACUGAUCCUGACGGAUCCGGAUGUACCGUCGCGCGAUGAUCCUCGCUACAGAGAAUUCAUCCACUGGGCGGUCGGGAACAUUCCCGGCAAUGAUAUCGAUCGUGGAGAAACGCUCGUCGAGUACCUCGGUGCCGUAACAGCUCGGGGAACCGGAUUGCAUCGGUUCGUGCUGCUGGUGUUCGAGCAUCUUCAGAAGCUGGACUUUUCCGGCGAACCCAGGAUCUCGGCACAGUGCGGUACGGUGCGGCGAUACUUCUCAACGCGCAACUUUACGCGCAAGUACGAUCUUAGCAACCUGUACGCGGGAAACUUCUUCCAGACGCAGUACGAUGAUUACGUGAACACGUUGCAGGCGCAGCUGCGUGAAUGUGAGAGCGAGCGUACGCUGAACGAGCUGAAUGGAGCACGUAAUGCAACCGUGUUUGGUGGUCCGUAGAAUGAUCGAAAGAUGAAGAGGCUGUAAGACGCUUAGCUAGCGGUUAGUUUGCGGAAAGGCUGUACAUUUCGAUCGUGUUUGGAAGGUGUUAUAAAAUUAAUGAAUAAAUUAACAUUUAAGAUUUGUGAUUUUUGUGAAAGUAUCAAACGUGUAAUGCGCAGUGUGCGAUGAAUAAAAUUGAAAUGAUCUAUCAUAACAUUUUGUUAAAUAUUUAAUAACAUUGUACCUUACUAAACACAAUACGAAGAGAUUACGAUCUCUUAUUAUGUUAACGAAUUUAACCAACGUGAAUUAUUUACUGUUUGAAAAUACGAAACUACAUUUUAAAUCCCCCACGUGAUUCAUAAUUUUUUAAAGGUAACCAUAGCAACGAUCAAUGAAGCACUACAAAUGCUUGACGAUUAGAUACAUUUGUACAGCUUCUCCAAGUACAAUUUUGAAACCCAACAAUUAUGACAGUUCUUGUUGCAGUGGCGAUGAUUACAAUACCCAACGAACAUAAUCAUAUUAAGCUAUUAAAAGGGGGGUUUCCCAGC